CCGGGAUGUCGGAAAUCUCGCGAUAUUUACGGCAGUCUGUGGAUUGGACCGUUGUGUGCUGCGGUCGAUCUCUUUUUAGCUCCUUUCAGCGCGUACGCUGUCGCUUUGCUCGGAGUGGUCGGUGGAGCGCCAUGACUUCAGCUCUGGAGACCUACAUCAACCGAACUGUUGCUGUUAUUACUUCUGAUGGGAGAAUGAUAGUGAUUAGGAACCAAGAUCAGAAGAAGGAAGUUCCUUUCCCAGAGUCACAUGUAGGAACAUUGAAAGGUUUUGACCAGACCAUCAAUUUGAUUUUGGAUGAAAGCCAUGAACGAGUGUUCAGCUCUUCACAGGGAGUAGAACAAGUGGUAUUAGGCUUAUACAUCGUAAGAGGUGACAAUGUUGCAGUCAUUGGAGAAAUUGAUGAAGAAACAGAUUCUGCACUUGAUUUGGGGAAUAUUCGGGCAGAACCUCUGAACUCUGUAGCACACUGAGGAAGAAUUACAUACAUUGGACAUCUGUGAAUCUUUGUACAGAAGCCGAUUAUUCUGAGGAUGGUGUGGAAUUAUUGUAAAUGUGUAAUUGUGCAGUUUUGACUCCAUGUUGAUUCAAUGUAAUAAGAUAAAUAAAUGAAAAUAUUUUUACA